GCGGGGUAGGUUUCCGGUGCUUGUGUUCACUGUGGAGUGGCUCGCUUUGGCUCGGUUCGGCUCGGUCCGCGACAGAGCAGCAUCUGCAGCGUGGGCAGUGCAGAACCAGCGUGUGACCGCGGAGGAACCAUGGCGGCCCCUGCUCUCUCCGGCCGGGCUGGCUCGUCGGGCAGCCUCGGGAACAGCCCCACCAUGGCCGCCGGGAGGCUGCCGCACGGCAGCGGGCCCGAGCUGGACUUCAGGUCGGCGGCCCGCAUGGAGGACCUUAACCGGCUCAUCCAGGAGUUCAGCAAGCACGACCAGCGGGAGUACGACGACCAGCGGGCUCUGGAGAUCCACACGGCCAAGGACUUCAUCUUCUCCAUGCUGGGAAUGGUCCAGAAGUUGGACCAGAAGCUCCCAGUGGCCAACGAGUACCUCCUCCUGUCAGGAGGCGUUCGGGAGGGCGUGGUGGACAUGGACCUGGACGAGCUGAGCAUCUACGCCCGCGGCACAGAUUACGACAUGGACUUCACCCUGUUGGUCCCUGCGCUCAAACUCCACGACCGCAACCAGCCGGUGACCCUGGACAUGAGGCACUCAGCGCUGGGCCACUCCUGGCUCAGCCUCCGGCUCUUCGACGAAGGAACCAUCAACAAGUGGAAGGACUGCUGCACCAUUGUCGACCACAUCAACGGCACCACCAACUACUUCUUCUCCCCAACACUGGUGGCUGACUGGUUCUAUCAGUCCAUCUCCCUGGUGCUGCUGGAGGUGCAGAAGAAGCCGCAGAGAGGAAUGCCAAGGGUGGAGAAGGUGGAGCGGAACGGCACCAUCAUCUCCGUCAUCCUGGGCGUCGGGAGCAGCCGGAUGCUCUACGACAUCGUCCCCGUGGUGUCGUUUAAAGGGUGGCCGGCCGUCGCUCAGAGCUGGCUGAUGGAGAAUCACUUCUGGGAUGGGAAGAUCACCGAGGAGGAGGUGAUCAGCGGUUUCUACCUCGUCCCCGCCUGCUCCCACAAAGGCCGCAAGGAGAACGAGUGGCGCCUGUCGUUCGCCCGCAGCGAGGUGCAGCUGAAGAAGUGCAUCUCAUCCAGUCUGAUGCAGGCGUACCAGGCCUGCAAAGCCAUCAUCAUCAAGCUGCUGUCCCGCCCCAAAGCCAUCAGCCCCUACCACCUCCGCAGCAUCAUGCUGUGGGCCUGCGACCGCCUCCCAGCCAACUACCUGGCGCAGGACGACUUCUCCGCCCACUUCCUCCUGGGCCUGAUCGACGACCUGCAGCACUGCCUCGUCAACAAGAUGUGCCCCAACUACUUCAUUCCUCAGUGCAACAUGCUGGAGCACCUGUCGGACGAGACGGCCAUGCUGCAUGCCCGCAAACUCUCCUCCGUGCGCUCCGACCCAGCCGAGCACCUGCGCACCACCAUCGAGCACGCCAAGGCCGCCAACAGGCUGACGGUGGAACUGCAGUGGCGGGGCAGCACCAACAACCUGCCGUCGCCGCAGUCCGACGCCGGCGGAGAGAACCAGCCCGACGACCGGCUGGCCAAGAAGCUUCAGCAGCUCGUCACAGAGAAUCCGGGCAAAUCCAUUUCGGUCUUCAUCAACCCGGACGACGUCACGCGGCCGCAUUUCCGCAUCGAUGACAAGUUCUUCUGAGACUGACCACCUCCUCCUCCCUCUCAGCCUUUCUCCUCCUCGCCUUGUCCCCGCCUCCUCUGAAACUUUGUUUUUUAAUUUUUUUAUGUUUCUCUGCCACAGAGUGAAGUGAGGUGAUCGUCUAGUCGUGUUUGCCACAAUUUUUUUAUUUUUUAUUUUUCUAUUCCCGUCCCCGCCCCCUCCUCUUUCACUGUGUGCCCUGUGGUUUUUACCUGCUGAAUGCCUUUUACAGACAGCUGCACAGCAGCAGGUUGUUUUACAAAUGAAGGAAGAGGUGAAAGUCCACCUUCAGCCGGCUCUGCUGCUCCAGUGUUAGUAGUUUGUAGUUCAAUAUAAUUAUCAGGGAUCCUGGAAAUGAGACGAGUCCACCGACUCCUGAAAUCGUGACUCGUGUCUCACGUCGGACUCGCUGUCGUUUAAAUUUGGCGCUGAAGCUCUGACGGCAGAAACGACGUGAAAACGAGGAGCCGGGCUAAAAUCAGCUGCUUUGAUACCAAUGUGGGAAUUUCAGUGCUGGCGUGGCCAAAACUUCCGUUUUUAUUUGAUUUUUACUUUUCUGUGAUAUAGUGAAGAACAAUCAGAAGCAUUUCAUAAAUAAAUAAAUCCCACUUCUGCAAAGACUCAGCAUUUCCACUGUUCACCCGUGUUCUUCAGGCCUUCUGCAGUUCUCAUGUUGGACACCAGCUGAAUUCUGAUUGAUGGAGAUCUGAUGCUGAGCUUUUCAGUUUGUGGACUCGAGCUGUUCCACCUGCUCGUUAAAGACCAGACAAACUAAAGCUCCUCAAAGACCAAUUUCUCCCAACAAUUUAGGAGGAAUUUGGUGACAAUCUGUUUGUUUUCCAGCACGAUGAAGCUCCAAGUGAUUACUAAGGCUCAGAGAUCAUCACAUUCAUAUUUGGAUCCAUGCAUGGAUCAUUGAUGAGGCAGGACUGGAUUUGUCCAGCAGAGAACUGCAGGAGUCAUGAAGGUCGGUCUAAAUACUGACUCAGUGCAGAAAAACCGAAGAGAGCACAAAACACAAACGUUUGGCUCGUUAUUCCUCCGUGACGUCAUCAGCUGCUCUUCACCUCCACGCGCUCGUUCCUCGCGAUGACACGAGUACGAGAAGGUUUUCAUAAUUAUGAGCAAGUUUCUCAAAAUAUCUCAUGACUCGUUUUCUUAUCCAAACCAAACGGCAAAUUUUCGCAGCAGCUCGGCGUCGAGCACGAUUUUAGCCCAAAAGCAUUUCAGAGCUCGCUGAUUGGACGGCGGAUGCUUUCAGGAGCUGCGGACAGCCUGAAGUCUCACAUCAAGGAGCAAAAGCAGCAGAGCUCGGACGAAGGUGGAUUUUGUCCCUCUGAGGAAUGUCUUAGUCCCACCGCGGGACAACGAUGAUGAUGAUGAUGGUACUAACGUCUUAGAAACUAACUGUAAAUAGGAACAAAGUGACUGAACUCUGAUGUGUGUAGGCAGAAGGAGGAAUAGACUGACGAUGGUUUGUGGACUACUUUUCGUCUAAUUUUGCACAGAAUGUAAAAAAAACAAACACAGCCGUGUUUCCUCUCGAUGGCGGACGCCGUGUCCUCCUCAUUCUCGAAUGAUGAUGUAUCAUAUCAGUUGAUGGUGACACUUUACUGAGGGGUGGUCGCAGUGCACGCUGUAGAUGUUCUCAUUAACCGGCGGAGCUGCAGUGAUUGUGAUUGGUCCAAAGACGCAGCUUCCCCUGAUGGAGUCGCACGGCUGAGCUGCCGGUUGGUGUUGCAUCUUGUUCACGCUCACAGGCUCACGUUGUGCUUCGCCGACAGGCGCCCUGGAUCCCGUGUAGUUUGCGAUGUUUUCCCAGUUUUCCUCAUUUCAGUUUGUUUUGAUGUUUCGAGCCUCAGCGUAGUUCAGAAUCCUUCCGAACAUUCCAGGGUCCAGAUCCAGACGGAUGGCGUGGCUCAUGGUCCUGAUGGGGGCGCUGUGGGUUUUGGGCCUGUGGGUGUGAGCGAGGCGUAACAGUUUGGGACGUGAAGCUCGCAGCAGCGUUUCUGUUUACCACUCAGGUUAAUCUGCUGACCACAGUCAGUAACGUGUCACUCCCGGCUCGAUAUCACCGGCCUGGCUCGCCACUUCCUCUUUCUCCAUCUUGUUUGUUUUGAUCACUAUUUAAUAAGCUUCACUGUAACCUCGGUUUUAUCUUAUUUCUAACCUGACUGAUGUUUUCUCCGCAGCUGCUUCUUUGUGUUUGGAUGUCGAGGGUUCGGCUCCCCUUCAGCGCCACCAGCUCGCCACGUGAUCAUCGGCCUUUCAGAUCGCUCACAAAACAUUGGGACCAAAUCCCAGUUGGGACUUUUUACACUCCAACUGUAGGUGGAGGUUUGGUCUGAUGGAGCUCCUGGUUUCUGUUUCUGACACAGACACAGUGACUGUGCAGUAAGCUAAUGCUGUUUGGCUCCAGAAACCACCGAUUAUGUGGCGAGCCUCAGUUUGGAGCUCAGUCAGCUCGGCUGUGGGAUGUGUCUAAUGAGAUGGUGGUGUGAUGUCAUUACCACCACCUCUACAAGGGUGGGUUUUUUUAGCAAUGUGAACUUCUGGAAGCCUACUGAGGGGCACAAAUCAUCACAGAUUUAGCCACAUGACCAUCAAACAUGUUUAUAUACAAGGAAAAGAAAAAUGUGCUCAGUUUCAUAUUAUCUCAGCUUCAGUCUCGGUGACACUUGCAUAUUGUUUACCGAGUCAGAGCCUGUGCUCAGCUCUGAUUGGACAGCUGAAACGCGACUGCAGUUAUUGCAAUCAGCACUACAUGCGAGCAGCUCACUACAGCUUCAAAACACUAAAACAGAUAUUUUUGAUCUCCUGACAUAAACGAGCUUCGGUGACAUCAGCCGCCUUGAGGAUUCGACUGCGCGCCGACGUGUUUGAGCCGCAGCUGGUUGUGCUGAAGGUGAGUCGUCCCAGGUUUGUUUGUGUUUUUGUCAAAGUCUGAAACAUUUCCAGGAAAAUGCAAAAAACCAGAAAAGAAUCUGCAGACAAUGUGAUCUCCAUAUCCUCAUCCUCAAGUGCAAUUAGUGAACGCCGAACAAGUACACACUUAUACAAACGCACGUAUACGUCAUGUAGCAUUAAGACACUGAAGUAAGUUAAAGCUGAACGGUACACUGCUCCGCCGACCCCACAGACCCACACUGACACUCCCACUCAGAGGUUUUUCACACCAUCAAAGUGCCACACCACGCUCUCCUGCUCGGUGGAAAUGUAAUCAGUGUGUUCUUCUGAGCUCCGUGACUUUUGACCUUACUGCUUUCUCUAUUUGUUGAGAACCUUUUGACUGUGAGUUUUUAUUUUUCUGUACCUCGCUGCUCUGCUUUGUUAUGACGAUGGAUUUCUUUAUGCAACGUAGACGUGGGUGGGUGUAGCCCUUCAGAUGGCAGCUCCUCCCCAUCUGUGAAGGUUCUUCGCUGGAUUUCACUGUACAGUCGAGUCACUAUAAAGUCUUUUAAGCUGAAUUUCUCUCUGUAUGUCCUCAGUGAGUCUUUUUCAAAUUUAUAUCUGAAGUUCUAAAUAAAAUUAAACCUUAGUUUACAUUUCAUGAAAGCAAAAACAGUUAACUGAAGUUCUGUAUCAACUUCAGUCCUUAAUAAGUAUACCUGACAUCUCAGUGUCAUCAGCAAAGUACAUUAAACUGCCGAAUAUGAGCAUCAGACCUUGGAAAGGGUCUCGACUCCACAGAGUAAAUCAGGCUGUCAUCUGCACAGCGAUGAAGAUCGAUUCUGUUAAAGAGUGUGGCUGAGAAGAAGAACAUGAAUCUGAGGUGUUCGAGUGUUUGAAGGAACACAAGAAAAUUUAAGAUUUGGUCAACAAGGCCUCACAAUUGAACCCUGGAUUGGCUCAUUAGCUCGUGUGAUUUGUUGUACAAAAUUUGCAUUGUACAGAUUUAUUUAUUUUAAUUAUACUACAGUUUUUUCAGAUAGACUAGAAUAAAGACGGAGGCCCCAGGAUCAAACGAAGGAUGACAUUUAAGUUAAACAGGGAACUGUUUAUUUAUUAGUACAGUAAGUGUGUUGGACCGUAGAAGAUGAAGGAAAUGUCUUUAUCAUCUGUGUAGUUUCCAAAUAUAAGAGCCCAGAAUUGAUUCUUGGAGGAAAGUUAUAUAAUGACAGAGGACAGAUCAUCAUCUGCAUAGAACUGAGUAAGAAUCUGAUAUCUUAUUGAAUAUCUGAAAGUUCAUAAUUUAAUCCUGUCAACAGAUAUUAAUGAUAUAGUGAUGAUCUGUUAAUAAAUAGAUCCAAUAGGCCAUAUAAUACUCUGAGAGAGGAGAACAUCUGGGAAGUGCACAUGCUGAGUCGAACCCCGGAGAACAUCCCUGAGUAAGACAUUGUGUCACGUUUAUUACACACAGCAUGUGUGUGUGAGGUCACAACAUGAACGUCUGCUAUCGUGUGCCCAAUUUUUUUCCAUGUAUGGAUAGAAAACCUUCCUGUUGACCAAAGUUUAAAAUGUUGAGCAUAGAAAUGGUGAUUUACUAUAAUCAUGCUAUUUAAUUCUUCUAUAUAAAGGUGAUAAUUUCUGGAUACAGAAUAAGGAAAUGCAGCCUUGUUUGCAGAUGAUGGCACACAUAAGGUAACGUGUGUGCUACGAUAAAGACGCUCAGUCUGCUGGGAAUGAAGCGAAGCAGAAUUUGACGUCAUGCACGUGGUUGGUGCUGCAGGCUGUUAAAAUAACGUAUUUAUAUUAAAAUGACAUCAUAAGUCACAUGGCCUCUGUGACACUUAAGACUCAGACACUUUUAAAAACCAUCCAGACUAAAGGUUUCAAUCGGCCACUCAAACACAUCGUCUAAUUAACCCUCAGACAGGGUGAGCUGGUGGAGUCCUUCACUUCAUCCUUUAAGCAGUUUCCUCUCUCGACCACCAGGGGGAGCAGCUCGCUCUGUGUGAGCGGGUGUGAUGGAGGGAGCUGUCAUGUGAACGGAGGCUGUUUGUGCACACAGUGACUUUAUCUCCUGUAAUGUGGAACUACUGUUGUAAAUAGCACUUGAUGAAA